GACCGUUCGUGACCGGACCUUCGAGAGGACCGUUCCGAAGGAGGGACAGUUCCGGAUCCAGAAGUUGAUCCGCCGCGGUCAGAAAAGAGGCGCUGGGGUCUCAGCAGGAGCCGAGAAAGAAGGGCUGCUCGCCAGGGUCGCGCGCGGCGCGUAUUAUUCGGCCAGAAGCGCCCCGGUACGAGUCUCGCGCUCCUAGCCGUGCACCCGGAAGCCCGUGCGGGAGCCCCGCCGCGCGGAGUCGGUGUCCGGCCGUCCCCGCCCGCCGCAGGCGCGCGCCCCGCCCUGACCGCUCUUCGCACACGGCCGUGGCUUCCACCCCGCUGCGCCCGGGCGCGCCGCGCAUUCCCCGCGCCCUGCUCUUUCCUUUCUUUCUUCCAGACUGCUUGGCAAGAAGUGUCCUUGCGGCGGAACAGCGCCGCCCUGGGAGCUGGGGAGCCUGGGUUCGAGUCCCGACGAGCCUGACUAGCGGUAUGCAGCGAUCGGGAAAAUGAGGCCCUUAGAAAAAAAGUGACUUGCUCAGUCAAUCAAGAUAAUAACACUGAUGGUGUAUCUCACAGCUGCAGGUGUUCACCCCAGGUUCUUUUGUUGCCAAGUCAGAAGAAACAUGAACCAGAAGCUGCAGAAGUUGGAGAACUUGCUACGAUUUCGUGUAAUUUAUAGGCAAUUGCACAGCCUGGACCAGAAAAGAAUAUUAGCACAGUGGAAGCAUGGGUUUUCAUCUGCUUCCCCAGCGUGGGCUGCUCAGCCGUAUACCUGGCCCUGGCAGACAGAUGUGUUCCUUCGUGCUGCUUUAUCUCAAUACAGGCUUCUAGUAACAAAGAAGGAAAAAAGACCAUGGAAAUCUCAGGUGUCUCCAACAAAAUCUAAAAAAGAGGUAGAAGUAUGGUUUGGAAUGACUGCUAAGGAAUUGGCCAGAGCAAUGGGAAGAGAUAUAGAUUGCGUAUAUGAAGGUUUAUUGAACACUGCUAUUGACAUAGACUCCCUAGAGGCAGAUUCACAUUUAGAUGAAGUCUGCAUCAAGGAAGUGAUAAAGAAAGCAGGAAUGAAGCUGAAGUGGAGCAAAUUAAAACAAGACAAAGUCAGAGAAAACAGAGAUGCUGUAAAAAGGCCACAGGCAGAUCCAGCUUUAUUGAUCCCAAGAUCCCCAGUUGUUACUAUAAUGGGCCAUGUUGAUCAUGGGAAAACGACAUUACUUGACAAACUUCGAAAAACUCAAGUGGCAGCAAUGGAAGCUGGAGGCAUCACUCAGCACAUUGGUGCCUUUCUUGUCUCGCUACCUUCUGGGGAAAAGAUAACUUUUCUUGAUACUCCAGGACAUGCUGCCUUCUCAUCAAUGAGAGCCAGAGGUGCUCAGGUCACUGACAUUGUCGUGUUGGUUGUAGCUGCAGAUGAUGGGGUGAUGAAACAAACUAUAGAAUCUAUUCAGCAUGCCAGAGAUGCUCAAGUUCCUAUUGUUGUUGCAAUAAACAAAUGUGACAAAGCUAAGGCUGAUCCUGAAAAAGUGAAAAAAGAGCUGCUGGUUUACGAUGUUGUGUGCGAAGAGUAUGGAGGUGAUGUUCAAGCAGUGCUUGUUUCUGCACUUACGGGUGAGAAUCUGAUGGCUUUGGCAGAAGCAACAAUUGCUCUUGCAGAAAUGUUAGAACUGAAAGCAGAUCCCAGUGGUCCAGUGGAAGGAACAAUAAUAGAGUCUUUCACAGACAAAGGAAGAGGUCCUGUUACAACAGCUAUAAUUCAAAGAGGAACUUUGAGAAAAGGCUCAGUUCUGGUUGCUGGAAAGAGUUGGGCAAAAGUACGCUUAAUGUUUGAUGAAAAUGGAAAAACAGUCAGUGAGGCCUAUCCUAGCAUGCCAGUGGGAAUUAUAGGCUGGAGAGACCUUCCUUCAGCAGGAGAUGAAAUUCUUGAAGUUGAAUCUGAGGCAAGGGCACGAGAGGUCAUUGACUGGAGGAAGUGUGAACAAGAACAGGAGAAAAGUAAAGAUGACCUGAAAAUAAUAGAAGAAAAGCGAAAGGAACACCAAGAAGCACAUCGGAAAUCCCGUGAGAAGUAUGGCACUUUGGUUUGGAAGGAGAGAUCAUUUAUGAAGUACUUAGAAAGAAAAGAACAAAAAUCCUUGAGGCUAAAGGAGAAAGCAGAAAGAGAUUCCAAUACACUUCCUGUAAUUAUUAAAGGUGAUGUUGAUGGUUCUGUUGAGGCCAUUUUGGACAUACUGGAAACCUAUGAUGCUUCACAUGAAUGUGAACUAGAAUUAGUACAUUUUGGAGUAGGUGAUAUUAGUGAAAAUGAUAUUACCUUUGCUGAAACAUUUGAUGGUAUUAUAUAUGGUUUUAACGUGAAUGUAAGCAAUGUCAUCCAGCAGUCAGCUGCAAAAAAAGGAGUAAAAAUUAAACUACACAAAAUCAUUUACCGGCUUAUUGAAGAUUUGCAAGGAGAACUGAGCAACAGAAUCCCUUGCAUUGUGGAAGAACACCCAGUAGGUGAAGCUUCUGUAUUAGCUACUUUUUCUGUAACUGAAGGGAAAAAAAAAAUUCCGGUGGCUGGCUGCAGAGUCCAAAAGGGACAGUUGGAAAAACAAAAAAAAUUUAAAUUAAUGCGCAAUGGACAUGUUAUUUGGAAGGGAUCUUUAACUUCACUGAAACACCAUAAAGAUGACAUUUCAGUCAUCAAAACUGGUAUGGAAUGUGGUCUCAGUUUAGAUGAAGAAAAAAUAGAAUUUAAAGUGGGAGAUGAAAUUGUUUGUUAUGAAGAAAAGCACAUUCUGGCUAAGACUUCCUGGGAUCCAGGAUUUUAAAAUUAAAAAUGCCAACUAAAUGUUUUACUUAUUUAUAUAGCAGCUAGGUUUUGCUUUGUUGAAGGUAAAAAGUUCACCAGUAGUGGUCAAAAAGUACCUGUGUUAAAAUGCGCUACAGAAACUGUCCAAAGCGCUACAAGAAAUAGGACGCCUUAUUCAAGGAUGUGUGUAAUUAAAAGUCCUGUAAAGACCAAGUACCUAAAAAGGGUAUUAGUGGCAUUAUAGCUGAGUAUGUAAAUUAGUUUAGUCCUUCCUUGACUUGAGCUUCACAGGUAAAAUAUGCUACACCAAUCAAGGACUGCUUGAAACUGGUCUUUUUUUGUUAACAUCAAGAAAUCUUCCAAGGAUUUAUCCUGACUACAACAUUGUUCCUGCAAAGCUUUAACCAGUGGCAAUGUUCCCUUAACCUGCAGACAACAGGUCUCACUUAGAGGGACUCACAAUGCAUUUCUAAAUGAACUGGUAGUUUGAAGUUGUGUAUCAGUAUUACGUGUGGCACUGGAAAUUAAAAGACUUUAACACCUUC